UGAUGUACAACGACAACUGAUGAAACGGUGACAGAAUAUGUGGUGGAGAAGCAGGACAAUGCCGGACAAGGCAUUACGCGAUCAGGCGGAAAAAACACCUAGCAGUUAAGGCGGCAUGUCUUACGCUUUGAAUUGUACAUAAAUCGGAUAUGCUAGGAAAGAAGUGCUAUAAAUGGCAAAAAUCAGACUUAAUGUAUGCCAUUUUAAAACUACAUAAUUUAAAAAAUGGCCGAUGCGCCUGAUCCCGUUACUCUCUGGCGAAUCUCAGGUGGCAGCACAGCAACUCCCCGUAUAGAACCUCCUGGUCUUCGACCUCAAGAGGGCCAUCAUCCAGCGGGUCGGCAUCAUCCUUCGUGAUGGCCCAACAGCUCCGGUACUCCUGCCGCAAAUGGCUACUGGCUGAGGGAAGCGACGUGGACCAAAUCAUAGAUCGCAUGGUGCUGGAGCAGUUCGUCACUCGGCUCCCAAAGAGAACAGCCGAGUGGGUCCAGCCAUCCACUUCGCGGAGGACCACAUGGUGACGUGCCCAGGGGUCGGCGAACCUCUGCCAUCUGCUUCUCUCUCUCCCUCUCUCCCCCCUCCUUCUCUCUCUCAACCUAUCCCUCUACCUAGGUCCGGGACUGACCGCUGCCGGGCCGGACCCCGCUCCUGUUUCUCCGCUCUCUCUUUGUCAAUCAUUUACCCCACUCUUUGUCACUAGAAUGGCAGGGAGGUCUGGGCCGGCCUGUUGGCGUUGCGGGGACCUGGAGCAUUUUGUGGAUAGGUGCCCAGUGAUGGAGGUUGGGGCAAUGGUCCGGGUCCCGGAUGUCCCACACGCUGCCCCCGGUCAAGCUGGAUGGUACCAAAUACCUGUGAGGACACGUUUGAGCUGCAUGCGGUGCAGUUGGAACUGGAGGCCGUGGAGCGGCAGAUCCGGAUCCUUCUCGAGAAUCAGGCCGAGCUACGCGAGCGGCAGACAGCGCUGGAAACUUCUCGCGCUGACGCUCACCAACCCUCGGUAAGUUUGCAGCGCGAUAUUAACACUCCUGCUUCCUCUACGCAGUGUGUUUCUCUGCACAGGGCCCGAGCACCAAGAACGCAUUCAUCCCAGCCCUCGUUCACUCCGGCGCCGUCACACCAGGGACCUUGGGUGCUUCAGCAGCGGAAGACGCGAGCCAGGCCUCGGACCAGGACCUCUCCUCCUCCGCCCCCGGUCUUCGACGUCUCAACACGGAACCGCUUCUCCCCUCUUCGUGAGGCAGAACGCGACGCCAUGGUCAUCGGAGACUCCAUCGUCCGCCACGUCCACGCUACCACAGCCAAAGGUAAGGUGCGCAGUCACUGUUUUCCUGGUGCUCGUGUUCUCGAUGUCUCUGCGCAGAUUCCAGCGACUUCAGAAGCCUGAUCGAGACGGUACGAGCCACAUCGCCCGCGACGAAGAUCAUCGUGUCCGGACCGCUUCCGACGUACCGACGAGGACAUGAAAGGUUCAGUAGAUUAUUUGCUUUAAAUGAAUGGUUGAUGUCUUGGUGUAAUGAACAGAAGCUGCUCUUUGUAAAUAACUGGAAUCUUUUCUGGGAGCGUCCUAGGCUCUUCCGUGCUGAUGGCCUGCACCCCAGCAGCAUCGGAGCUGAUCUUCUGUCAGAGAACAUCUCCAAGACGCUUCGCACCAUAUGACUAGUAAGUCAAACCUCAAAUCACAGUCUGUGUUCUGCCCACUUCAUUGAUAGAAAUGUGAGUGUAGUACAGUCUAUAAAAACUGUGUCUAUUCCUCGAAUAGUGAGGUUUAACAAUAAAAAUAAAGGAUCUAGAAAAAACCUAAUCGUGAUCAAACCAGAUUUUUGUAAAAUUACUGAACAAAAACAAUCUCUAAAACUAGGGCUACUAAACAUUAGAUCGCUGACACCUAAGGUAGUUAUCAUAAAUGAAAUUAUCACGGAUAAUAGUCUUGAUGUAAUUUGCCUUACUGAAACAUGGCUUAAAGCAAAUGAUUAUUUUGGUCUUAAUGAGUCUUGUCCACCUGGCUACCAUUAUAAAAAUAAAUGCCGCCUGAUUGGCCAUGGCGGUGGUGUAGCAACAAUCUAUAGAGAGAUACUUAAUGUUACUCAGAGAACAAACUACAGGUUUAAUUCAUUUGAAAUUCUUAUGCUAAAUGUUACACUCUCAGAUAUAAGUAAAAAGUCGCUACUAUCUCUUGCUUUGGCUACCGUUUAUAGACCUCCAGGGCCUUAUGCUGAUUUCCUAAAAGAGUUUGCAGACUUUCUCUCAGACCUAUUGGUCAACGUUGAUAAAGCGCUGAUUGUUGGAGAUUUUAACAUUCAUGUAGACAAUACAAAUGAUACGUUAGGGGCUGCGUUUACAGAUUUACUAAACUCAUUUGGGGUCGAACAAAACGUCACUGGACCCACUCACCGUCUUAAUCAUACUCUAGAUUUAAUUAUAUCACAUGGAAUAAAUCCUACUGAUAUAGAAAUUCUACCGCAAAGUGAUGACGUCUCUGAUCACUACCUUGUAACAUGCGUACUGCAUAUUGAUGAUAUUUGUCAAAUUGCGCCACGAUAUCGACUAGGCAGAACAAUUCUCCCGACAACUAUAGAUAAAUUCACAAAUAACCUGCCUGAUCUGUCUCAGCUGCUCAUCGUACCUAAACACACAAAUGAUCUCAAGAAAAUGACUAGCAGCAUGUGCACCAUUUUCACUAGUAUAUUAGAUACUGUUGCACCGAUGAGAUUAAAAAAGGUUAGAGAGAAAAAUACUGUUCCAUGGUACAACAGUAUUACUCGCGCUAUGAAAAGAGAAACUCGUAAUCUAGAACGCAAAUGGAGACAAACUCGUUUAGAGGUCUUCAGAAUCGCAUGGAAAGACAGUUCGUCCCGCUAUAGAAAGACUCUAAAAGCAGCCAGGGCUGAGCAUCUUCGCAAACUUAUAGAGAAUAACCAAAACAAUCCACGGUUCUUAUUUAGUACAGUAGCUAGAUUAACAAAUAAGCAGAUAUCACCAGAACAAAAUGUUUCAUUAUCACU